ACGGGUCGAGGGUCGAGGCUCAGUCCUCGCCUCGCCCAGAACAGUGUCUGUGUAUCCCUCCAUCCACGUGAAGCUGACUCUCUCUCUCUCCACCACUCAUCCUGCACGUGAAGCUCUCUCCCUCCCUCAUCCUGCACGUGAAGCUGUCUCUCUCCCUCACUAAUCUUGCACGUGAAGCUCAUUUUCUCUCACUCUACCUACUUGCAACUGUCUCAGCAUGAUGCAACAAGAGGUGAUGCAAGUGUUGGUGUUGGCAGCAACUGUGGUGGUAAUGACAAGUGGCUCCUGCCAGUACUGGUGCAAGACCCCGCCCCCACUGAACGCAGUCUACUGCUGUAGUCUGGCAGAUCGCGUUUACCCUGAACCUCAAUUGCGUCCAGGUAGCUGUCCUCCAGCCCGCAAGGAAUGUCCCAGGAGCCAAAUUCCUGAGGUAUGUCCCCACGAUGGUGCCUGCCCACAAAAACAGAAAUGUUGCUGGGACACCUGUCUUGAGCUCCACACUUGUAAGCCCAUUCAUCAACUUCCUGUGGAGCUUCCUAGCGUUCCUAAAGUGCCUGUGCCACCAAAGGCACAAGAACAAAAAUUCCCCGACGUGUCCCAGCAUGCUCGGAUCAAUACCAGUGCUUUUAAUAAGACUGCCAAGCCAUAAGAGGCUCAAUUCAAUGGGUGAUGUAACAGUAUACAAAGAGAAAUAUCAGUUUCUAAUUCUACCAUGUGCAUUUAACCAAAAAUUCAUUUUUAAACAACAAUAUGAAUUGUACUUGUUGUUCCUGUUUUAGUUUACACAAAUUUGUAAAGUGUCUCAGACAACUUUGCCUGUUCAAAAUAUGUUUGUAGAACAUUUCAUUUUGAAAGUGCUUCCAUACAGGCUUAUCUUUUCCCUGGUCUUAUACAAAACUUACUGUUAUUUCUCAUGGUACUUUUAAAACUGUAACUUUCUUUUAUUUACUAAACAUAUGUACACUAUAAAUUUAAAAACAGA